AUGGGAACGGGAAAGCGACUGCGAGAAAUCCUGUACUACAGCUGCACACCGAAGUCCGCUGAUGAGCAAGGGUCUCCCGGCGAACGUGCUCAAGUUCCACCGGCUGCCAAGAAAGCAGCAUGCAUAGUCAAGAUUAUCGUCGAUGCUAAAGAAAAAGAACAGAGCGGUACCCAUCAGGCCGGCCCCUCACAAGAUGAACAUGGAGCACCUGUAAACGCCACUGAAUGCAAUAUGGAGACUGUCACAGCCAGCGCUUCUUCAGAGUCGCCGCUCGCCUUCAAGUGCCCGACUGGAAAGACACUGCUUCCCGCGCAACAUGAAAGAGUGUUUGAGGGCCGAGAUGGAGAGUGUGGCACAGAAGUCGCCCUGGCAAGCCUCGUGGAUGCGGAGUUGCAGCCGCCGCGGGAAACAGCGGAGGAGACGGAUGUGUAUACUCUCAAGAUCAACAAAGACCCUGAGCACGACACAUUCAUGUGCUACAAGUGCGUGGCUGCGCGUGAAAAUAGACCUUUGUCUGGCCCUAGUAUGAGGUCGGGAGCGCCUGAACAGAACGAGUGCCUGCUCAAGAUAUCCGUUAAGGGGACAUCAGGAGCAGCGUCAUCAGGGGACUCGUCGUUGGUGAAUUCUGUUUUCUUGUUGGUUGGCCUCGGUGGCGUUUCCUACUGCAGCUUGUUGUUGCGGUAA